ACACGAUUGCGCUCUCACACGACACCCCGCCGUCACCUCCACCACCACUCAAUCUACCGCCUCUCACGUGCGCGCUGAGAGAAUAGAAGAGAAGGAUAGCAGUCAUGUCUUUCCGCCCGGGUUCCCGUAUCUUCAGCAGCUUCCGACCCUUCUUCCGGCCCGCACAAGCAAAUGGCCGUCGACGAGCAACAACGGCUGCCGGUCCUGGCGGCUUCGCUGGAUUCUGGAACAGCCCAAUCGGCCCCAAGACUGUGCACUUUUGGGCACCAGUAAUGAAAUGGGGCAUGGUCCUCGCCGGCGCAUCUGACUUCUCCCGCCCUGCCGAAUCCCUCUCCUUUACCCAGAACUUUGCCCUCAUGUGCACCGGAGCCAUCUGGACCCGCUGGUGCUUCGUCAUCCGCCCCAAGAACGUUGCGCUCGCAGCUGUCAAUGCGCUGGUCUUUGCUGUUGGUGCGACGCAGGUUGGCAGGAUUUAUAUGUACAACAAGAGCUUGGAGGCGACUGAGGGCCAGGUCAAGGGCGAAGGCAAGGAGCUUGAGGCCGACCUGAAGGCUACGGCGCAGAAGGCGGAGAAGGUCGUUAAGUCGUAGGAGGGUGAUGAGGAGGAACAAUGUAUUGAAUUGGAGAGAUGUGUAUAUUCUCACAUAUGCUGGCGAUUACAUACCGUUGAGCUUGAAAGUGGGUAGUACCUUUUGCUAGGUACAUUUAGGGACAGGUGAAUGCAGUGCCCGUCUUUACAACUCCGAGAGCAG